AGAAAAGAUGGGUCUAGGAGCGGGACCAGCAAGCGGUUCUCUAUUCUCUCUCUACCACAAUGGACAGACCCUAGGACAGCCCCCACCUGCACACAUGGGCAUACCACCUUACCAAUUAGACCCCAAAGCUGGUCUACGGCCGCCGGUAUACCCGUUUGCAGCCUCGGGACAGUAUCCAUACCCGCUCAGUGCUGACUUUACUGCUCAGAUGGCGUCCGCUUGGCCCACUGCCCGCAUGUACCCGCUUACCUCCUCCUCACCGUUCAGCGCCACCUACCCCUCCUCACCACUCUCCCUCUCUACUGCCACCCUGCCCAGGUUCUCGCCUAGUAGCUUGAUGCACCCACACCCAGGCCUCACCCCACCUCUCACACACCCGCUGGUCGCCUCCCCCAAAACAGAGAUGCCCAACACUUCCCACGACAACCACAGACACCACGGGCUGGACCAGAAGCCGUCACUUCAGUCAGGAGAUAAGACCCAGAUGAUUGAAACCAAGAACGGGGACAAGAAGCCACAUAUCAAGAAGCCUCUGAACGCUUUCAUGUUGUACAUGAAGGAGAUGAGAGCCAAGGUGGUAGCAGAGUGCACGCUCAAGGAGAGCGCCGCCAUCAACCAAAUACUCGGACGAAAGUGGCAUGCGCUAAGCCGCGAAGAACAGGCCAAGUACUAUGAAAUGGCGCGCAAAGAGCGCCAGCUUCACAUGCAGAUGUACCCAGGGUGGUCCUCACGCCAAAAUUACUCGCAGGGGAAAAAGAAGAAGCGUAACCGUGACAAAACCCAAGAUGGAGCCAACAUGAAGAAGUGUCGCGCGAGGUACGGGCUGGAGCAGCAGAGUCAGUGGUGUAAACCGUGCAGGCGAAAGAAGAAAUGUAUUCGAUAUAUGGAAGGAGAGGAAGGUGAGGACAUGGCGCCAGGGUCAGCUGAUAGUGUAGAUGCCUCGCAGGAAAGCGAUGAGGAUGACGAUCUACAAGAUAUGUCAUCCCCUUCCACAGCAUUGGUGGGAGACCACACUGCCACCUCCCCUGCAUCCUCAAGUCUGAUGCCCUCACCUGGGCCUUCUCUGGCAUCACCGUCAGGACCGCCCUCAUUGCUCAUGCCAUCACCAGUCUCCUUGGCUUCCCCUUUAACGCCGGGGGAGGCACCACCUCUACAGAUGAACCAGGUUCCCCAGGUCCCACACCCUCAACGGCCCCCAGUGGGCACGAAUCCCCGUGACAUCAAUAAUCCUCUUAGUGUGAAUCAGUUGACUGGCCAGUGUGCUAGCAACAAACCUGAAGCUGGGUCUCAAGACUCCUCCCAUCCUACCAUGGUGAGCGUCACAUGACCCGCUGCAACCCUAGAUACCCACGCCCACAUGCUGUGCUGGACACGCCCACCCUCGUACAUACACCAUGCUUUCUUGCAUGAGAAAGUGCUAUAAUGGAGUAUCAGGAGUUUAUACCAGUGUAUCAUGGCCGAUACAUGGGUGUUCAUCUGCUAUUCAGGACCAAAAUUUAAGCUCCAAGAUGGGCCUGUGCCAGUACAGUCACUAAUACCUCAGUGUCAAAAGUGUGGCUGAAGACAAAGACUUGUGGCCCCUGUUUGGCACCAUCCCUGUAAAUAAUUGUUCCUUCACAUCAUGAAUCAACCCUUCAUUGUAUCACAUACACAGCAGUGUUAGGUACUCUACUCUAAAGCUGCAAAGCCAGCCGUUCACUUCGUUCUAUUCUGCAACAUGGAAAAUUUUGUAUGAAAAUGAAAGGAAGAAAUAUUGUAAAAUAAAAAUUCUGUUCAAGGCAAAUUUGACACACACACACAUACACAAUACAGUAUAUAUAUAAUGCAUAAUCCACAUAAUUUCGCAUAUUUAUGAGCCCAUACUUGGCCAGUGUUGUAAGCUGAGUAUCAAGACUAGCCAUAUGUUUUAAAUAAUAACUUGUGGAAGAAUCCUGUGAGGCAGAGUACAGCUUAGAGUUGUUAUUGUGGCUGUGUAAAGUUGGAGGAACUCAGUGACAGUGUUCUGUUUUACUAUCUCAAUGUAAAAUCACUUCAGGGUACAGGUAAAACACAAGUACAUUAUGUGAAUAUAAUUGAAAAAAGUACAAAAUUGUUAAAUGAAUAUAAAUCUAAAUAUGACCAUGAUAAGAAUAUUCCACGCCAGUAUGAUGGAAGGAUGCAACUGCUGCUACAAUGGUUCAUGGUUUGAAGUGUGAAACAAAUUUUAUAGGCUGUUAAUACUUUAGUCAUUUUCUCUCCAAUCCAAUGUUGCUCUGAUGGCCAUAAUUUUUAAUCAUUUCUGUAUUUUUUUUUUGCACUGUUAAGUUAUUCAUUAAUCUGAUUUUGUUUGAUAAAUGAUACAUUGCAGGUACAUCUAAUUUCAUUACAGUAUUGUACACCCAAUACUGUAGUAGGAAUAUGUUACCAGAAUGACGUCCACUAUAGCUGUCAACUUUUCAUAACAUUGUUUUUUACACAUCACUAUAUAAUAUUUACCUAAAGUACAUUUAAUCAAUUUGUUUCACCAGAACAAAUUACAGUGUAAUUAAUAUCAUGUCAAGUUUUUGAAAAUUUUGGCCAGAGCAUUACCUGUUUGAGCACAGUGGACAUGUUAAUUAUUAUCCAGAUUACUGAAUGGGAUAUCUGAGGCAGUGACAUUAACUAUUUCUGGCUAGUGUAGUUGUAAUAACAGCCAGAACCAAAAUUGCCAAGUGAACCCACUGCACCUGUGGCUAUGGGAUGUGUUUGGCAGCUCGGUUCACAUAAGCAGCUCCUGUGAUUUUUAUGCUUUAUGUAGACACACACACAUACUAAUAUAUAUAUAUAUAUAUAUA